CUCGAGUUUCAGCUGGGCAUGCGGACGUUUCAAUGCCCCGACGACUCGGACUGGCAACUUCAGAGAAGAGCCUCCAGCCCCGCAAGAAACGAGCCGCGGGUGCUGUAGAAGAGAGAGCAUGGUGCCCACUGGAGCUCGAGUCGACUGCAGUUGCCAUUUCCACUUUUGCCGGCCGACAGCCAACUCCAGUCGAUCGCGAUCAAUGCAGGCACAGGUUAUGGCUCCUUCCACGCCGACGGGAUCCGUGGCUCAACCUCCGCAAUGGGCACCGGAACGAUGCAACGCCAAGCGCAUUGACAGCGCUAAACUGCACGACGAUUUCCACAAUAUACAGAGCGAACAGGCCCCGUGGCAAUCCGUCAGCCACUUACCCGAGCGUCGUAUGAUGGUACAGCGCAUUCUACAGCUCUCGCAGACUCAAAGCAAGUCCGACGUGAACCCGGAGCGAGCGGUAUUGCUAGCCAAACGUAUCGAAUUGGCUCUAUAUUCCCGUGCCGGGUCGCUUACCGAGUACCGCAACUUAGCCACUCUUCGACGACGACUGCAAAGCCUCGUGGCUUCCAGCGUACACGAAUCCGCUGCAAGUGAGACGGUGGCACACAGCAGGAAGCGCCAUGUAUCAAGAAACCUGAUGCAAGUGAACAGGAUUAAACGUCGACGAUGCAUCUACACACCAGCGAGCAGUAUCUUCGCCAUGAUCGGUGAGGACUGCACGCGUCUGGUCUUCUCGUUUCUAGACGGCAAGGAAAUUAUGCGUCAACGUAUGCUAAACCGCUUCGCGGCUUCGUUCUUGCCAGGCUGCGCAUUAAGUCUGACGGUCGAGGUGACACAGUUGACACGAGGGCUUGGCCACAACUCGUCCAUGUUGCAAAUGACAAACCUCCAGCAACUUGUAGUGCACAAGGCUGGCGUGUUGUCAAUAUCCCCUGUGGUUCCGAGGGUGGGGCCUGCUACGACGCCGCUCUAUGCUUGGGGCUGUGCUGAGCUCCCGGCGACUCAAACUAACGAUGGAGAGAGCGCUGUGCUCGCUCUGGCCGGCGCGUUAACCACCGGUGCCUUCCCGAGCCUCAAGAAGCUGCAGCUCAUCUCUGUGUUUGUCAACACCAUGAGCCGCAACGGCCUCCGCGCGUUGUGUGGCGCCCUGGAAACGGGCUGUCCGCUUCUAGAGGAUCUGCUGCUAGCCGGCAACAGCCUGGCUGACCUCGGUGCCAGUGAAGUUGCGAGGCUGCUGCAGUCCGCUAAAGCCCCUCGUCUCGCCCGCUUGGACCUGAGGCGCAACUUCAUUGGCGAGACCGGACUGCGAGCCGUUCUGUCCGCUCUCCAGACGAGUCCAUCGCUCCAGGUGCUUUGUAUGGGUGGCAACCUCGUCACAGACAACUGCGUGAAUGAGUUGCAAAGACUGUUGGCGGGAUCCGCCUGCCCUCUGCGAUUCCUCGGCCUCGAAGACAACUUCUUGAGUGCCGAAGGCGUGCAGCUCGUCCUAGAGACUGCAGCAGUCACCAACACGUCAGCUACGAGGGCACGCCGUGUCUCCUGCGAUCGCGGAGCGUCCGCGUAAGCACAACUAAUAGUUCCAGCUAGUAUUCAACCUAAUAGAGAUUCUGUCUGCUCAAAAAUAUAACCAUCACUCUGCUUGAAAAACUGUAGACGAACGUUUGAAGAUGAAAACGUAACCUUCAGCGUU